GUGCACUUGUUGCGCGCCCGUCCCGCGGUUAUGUUCUCGAUUCUUGUUAAGACAUUGUUAAAAUAAUAAAAUAAUUUUUUUUUUAAUUUCGAACGAGUUACUGUUAACGACUUUCAAAACUGAUAACAGCAGCUGUGUGCGUGUGUGUGCCAUUGUACUGUUAUUAUUAUUAUUAUUAUUAUUAUUAUCAUUUAUCAUCAUCACCAUCACCGCCGUCGUCGUCGUCGACCGUCGUAACUACGAGCUCGUAAGUGGCCCGCACAAAAAACGACACGGACGCGCUACGCCGUUUGACAACAUAAACAAUAUUGUCUCGAAUCCGUCAUUGAAAAAUCGUCACUUCUCCGUGCUGCUGGUGCCUGGAUUCACGCGCCCGUCACCGUCCGACGGCGGUGCAGAUAACACGACCAGGAUUCGGUUUAGUUUUCAAAACACUAUGAUGCAGGCGGACAAGUAUGAAUUUUGAUGCCGAAACCUCGCAGCCAACAUGGAAAUUAUGGGGUGAAGAAAGAGAAGAAGGUGCUGUCUACACAAUUUAUUUAAAAAAAGUGCGGUAUCAAAAUCCUACAAAAACACUACUGUUGGAAUCUGAUGAUGAACGAUCGCAUUUAGAAUGGGAGACGAUCAGAGUAAAGUUCAUUAAAGCCGGAACAAUUGAAAAAUUGGUUAAUAGCUUAGCAUCAGAUGACGGCGAAUUGGAAUCUACAUUUGUCAAUAUAUUUCUUGCCACCUAUAGAACUUUUGCAUCACCACAUCAUGUUUUGUCAUUAUUAAUUGAAAGGUAUGAGUAUUUAAUAAACAACAAAGAAGCCUUAUCAGAAUCAAUGAUUGAUCCACAUAAAAAAACUGUUGUAUCUGCAUUACAUGUUUGGCUGGAUUCAUAUCCUGAAGACUUUCGUGAUCCACCUUUACACACUUGUUUACGAUGUUUACACUCCUUUACUUUUACAUAUUUGCCAAAAACUGAACUUCACAUAAAAGCAACGUAUAGACUUGAACGAUUCCUUAAAGAAUGUAAACAAUUAGACACUACUACAUUUAUUAGUGAUGAUUAUGACUUAGUUAUUGCCAAUUCUCCACAUUCGCCUUACAAUUUUCCUAACAUAGCAGAAAGGCAUUUUGCUGAGCAGUUAACUCGAAUGGACCGUGAUGUCUUAAGAAGUAUGGUUGCUCACCAGUGUUUAGGUGCAGUUUGGUCUAAGAAUAAAAGAGCAGGAUCUGCACCUACAGUCCUCGCUACAAUUGAUCAAUUCAACGCUGUGUCACUAAGAGUUAUCAGUACUGUGAUAUUGGCGAUCAAUUCAGAUAGACCACAUGUUAUUGAAACUUGGAUUGACAUUGCUCAAGAAUUAAGAGUGCUUAAGAAUUUUUCCUCAUUAAAAGCAAUUAUAUCUGGCUUACAAUCCAAUUCAGUAUUUAGAUUAAAGAAAACCUGGCAUUCGGUUCCUCGAGACAAGGUGGAAUUGUUUCAAGAACUUGCACGAAUAUUUAGUGAAGAAAAUAAUCAAUGGGCGCAACGAAAGUUAUUGAUAAGAGAAGGUACAGCAAAAUUUGCCGACACAUUUGGACACAAUGAUAGACAUUUACAAAAAAUUAUUCAAAAGCAACAUAGUACAAUGAGUAAGUUAAACAUUGGAACUAUACCAUACUUAGGGACAUUUCUAACUGAUUUGACCAUGAUUGAUGCUGCAACUCCCGAUCUUUUACCUGAUGGUCUAAUUAAUUUUGAUAAAAAAAGAAAAGAGUUUGAAGUAUUAGCUCAAAUUAAGCUUCUUCAGGGGGCAGCAAAUUCGUAUAACAUUACGGAAGAUUCAGUAUUUGAUCAAUGGUUUCAUUCCAUUUUAGUUUUGGAUGAUAGAGAAGCAUUCAGAAUUUCUUGUCAAAUAGAACCAUCAGAUAAUAUACCAUCAUCAUGUACAAAUUCAAUAAUAGGAACAGGAAAGAAACAAAAGUAUAUUAAUUAUGAACAUAAAAAGAAUGAUUCGAUUUCAAGUAAUUGUAGCAGCAAAAGCCUGUAUGGAUUAUCUGAUGAUGGUUUGCACUCACCAAAUAACUCUUUAGAUAAACAGGAUUCAUUACUAGACCUAUCUUCCUCAUCAAGCAGCUAUUCUUUGCAAUCUUUUGACAUGUCACUAAAUGGAAGCAAUAACACUAAUAUCUUAGUUAAAAAUAGUGUCAAUAACUCAACAUUUAACACUUCGUCUGAUUUUUAUAUUAUUCGGAUAACGGUUGAUGCUGAUAAUGUGGAGACUGACGGGGUUGUAUUAUACAAAAGUAUUAUGUUGAGUAACAAUGAACGAACACCACAAGUUAUUAGAAAUGCUAUGCUGAAAUUUUGUAUUGAUGAUGAUCCUGAAAACUACACCCUAUCACAAGUUUUACCUGAUAAAGAAAUGAUUUUACCAAUGACAGCCAAUGUUUACUAUGCUGUAAAUACAGAGUAUGAUUUGAACUUUUUGUUACGUAAAAAGACAUGGAAAAACAACACAAUUCCUAAAAAAUGAAUAUUUUCUUAAAACAAACGUGUGAUAUGUUGUUAUACAUAAUUAAGUUUAAUAUUUUAUGUAAUCGACUGUUUUGUGUAUAUAAAAAAAAAUACAAUCAAUAAAAUAAUUCUGUAUACAAUGAAUUUUGUUUGAGUAUAAAAAAAAAGUUUUGCCAGGAAUCAGGGUAUACGGAAGUUAAGUAAGUUGUAUCAAUGUACCUUGUAAUUGAUAAUAAUCAUCAUUAAUUUUUUUUAAUAAACAGUUUUUCUGCCUUU